AUGCAGACCAUCAUAAUAUCAAUACUGACCUUUGGCUUAGCUUUUGGCAAAGUACAAAUACUAGACUAUACGAACUCACAAAUAAUAGCAAUAAAGGAAGGACUAGCAAAAAUAACAACAGGAAAUUUUAAAAUCAUUCAUGACGUCGACUUGGACCAGUAUGAAAAAGUGACUUCGGACAUAGCAACUACUCUCAAUACUGACGCAUUUAAGAGCGAUCCAUUAUAUCCUUACCUUUCCCAUGAACUACUACAAACUCAAGAACUUUUAAGCAAUUUAAAACCGAAAAUAGAAAAAAAUCCUUAA